AUGUCUUUGAUUCAACACGUCACUCAAGUAGAAGGCCACGAUCGUGAAGAGGCACUAGUCGAUCUCUUCCUGCCGCCGACAGACCGACAGAACAAUCGUGAGCAAGCCGCGGAACGUCGGCAAUCGUUUGACAGCGCCGUCUCCAGCUCUGCAUUUUUUGGACUGCCAGGCAAGACUUUACGACGCGUUAUCAGCUACGAUGCGAUAAAAAACCCCGAAUUGCCCGUCCCGGGCGAAGAGUAUGGCGGGUUGACGCCAUACAAGGUCUCGACGACGAAGCGAGUUGGUACGUUGCUGAAUUACAAUUACAUCAUACUUGAGAUGGUCAUUGCAACAAUUCUUGCAUGCUGGUUUGCGAGCGGCAUUGUGUUUGGUUUCGCAGCGCUCAAGCCGAUUCUCAUCAGAGAAGGUGUUUUCAGAGAUCUUUGCACGCCCGAAGAGCUUGAUGCCGACGUCGAAGUCUGCCUGAGUCAAGAUCUGAGACUCAAUGUAUUCUUUUCCAUCGCCUCAACUACCGCAAACGUAUCAGCGUUGCCAAUAGGGACCCUGCUCGACCGUUAUGGUCCAAAGCUAUGUCUCCUGCUUGGCUGUUUCUGCCUCACCGUGGGCAGCGUUCUUAUGAGUCUUGCUUUUCAGAUUGCAGACUUUGACGGGUUCACUGUCGGCAACUUUUUUCUCGCUCUUGGUGGCACUUUCAUCUUUCUACCGUCUUUUCAAAUCGCCAAUGCCUUCCCGAAAUAUGGAGGCAGCAUUGUUGCACUAGUCACUGGCGCUUUUGACGCGUCUGCAGCAGUCUUCUUGUUCUACCGCCUCGCGUACGAAGCAAGUAACUACAACUUCAAGCCACAGACCUUCUUCCUAGCCUACCUCGUGGUUCCGUUUGCUAUUGCAAUCGCACAACUCACCUUCUUACCCAGCGAAGCCUACAAGACUGCACCGCAGCUGGAGAUGAAGAUUCAGCGAGCCGAGGACACCAUGCGCGACGUGCAUUCUUCUGAUGACGAGCUUCCGCCAGACGAGAUGUGGAAAGUUAGGAAGAUGCGCAGCGCUCGCCGACGUCAGCGAAUGAGCCAGCUCGACGACCUCAUCGGUGAUGCAGAAUGGCGCAGAAGACAAGACGAGAAGAUUGAGCAACAGAAAGAAGCAUCCGGAGUUUGGGGAGCUUUGCACAAUAAGUCCCCAAGAGAGCAGAUGCUGACUCCGUGGUUCAUCCUCAUCACCCUUCUCACCGUCAUCCAAAUGCUACGAAUGAACUUCUUCAUAUCCACCAUUCGUGAGCAGUACAUCUACAUGCUCAACUCAGUCGAAGCCGCUACCAAAGUCAAUGACUUCUUCGACUGGGCGCUACCUAUCGGAGGUGUCAUCAGCACCCCAUUCCUCGGCGCACUCCUCGACAACGUCAGCACUCCGGGUGUGCUUCUCAUCCUCGUCUCCAUGAUCACGCUCAUCGGCAUCAUCGGAUCCAUCCCGGCUCUAUGGGCUGGCUACGUCAACGUUAUUCUCUUCGUCAUCCUCCGCCCGCUCUACUACUCCGCCAUGUCCGACUACGCCACCAAAGUCUUCGGCUUCGCGACUUUCGGCCGCGUGUACGGCACAAUCGUCUGUUUCUCCGGCCUCGUCAACCUAUCGCAAACAGGUAUCGAUGCGCUCAUGAAAGGAUAUUUCGGCGGCAACCCAGUCCCCGUCAACAUACUCCUCACAGUUGCGGCGUUUCUGAUCGGCACGGCGCUGGUUGUUUAUGUCACGGUAAACGUUUACAGAAUGAGGAAGAUGAUGGAUCAAGACGAUGCGAUGACUGUUACAGAAGCGGAUGUUGGCAGUAUCAUGGAGAGUCUGCUUGAAGACGAUGAGGAGAGGAAUUACGGCAGUAUUCAUCGCGGCCGACCGAAUUGGGAGGUUUGA